AGACAAUCUAAUAACAGGGCUACUACAGGAAAAAAAGUCGAAGAUGCUGGCGGACCCACUUUGAGCUUCUCAUCUCAAUAAACGUUUGGAAUUAUAGAAUUCCCACGUUGUACCCCUCGAUAUCAACAAUUUCCAACUAAAUACCAAACACAACCACACCUCUAGCCAGACAUAUCUUAUUAAUUCAUCAUGUCUGCUGCACAGCUUCUCAACCCUAAGGCCGAAUCUCGGCGGCGGGGUGAAGCUUUGAAAGUCAACAUCAGCGCAGGUGAAGGCUUACAAGAGGUUCUCAAGUCCAACCUAGGUCCUCUAGGAACUAUCAAGAUGUUAGUGGAUGGUUCUGGACAGAUCAAAUUGACCAAGGAUGGAAACGUGCUACUGAGAGAGAUGCAAAUACAGAACCCUACCGCCGUCAUGAUCGCCAGGGCUGCAACCGCCCAAGACGAUAUCUGCGGAGACGGUACAACAUCUGUGGUUUUGUUGGUAGGAGAACUUCUGAAGCAGGCAGAACGAUACAUUGCCGAAGGCCUGCACCCUCGAAUCAUAACCGAGGGAUUUGAGAUCGCAAAGAAUGAAUCAUUGAAGUUCUUGGAUACCUUCAAGUUGCCCAAGGAAGUUGAUAGGGAACUCCUCAUAUCGGUCGCUCGAACUUCACUAUCAACUAAACUUAACGCGAACCUCGCCGAAAAGCUCACCCCUGCUAUCGUCGAUGCCGUCCUAUCUAUCUACCAAGCUCCCGCGAAACCAGAUCUUCACAUGAUAGAGAUCAUGAAGAUGCAACACCGUACCGCCUCAGAUACCCAACUGAUCCGAGGCCUGGCCCUAGACCACGGCGCUCGACAUCCUGACAUGCCAAAAAGGGUAGAGAACGCUUUUAUCCUGACCAUGAACGUGAGUUUGGAGUACGAAAAGUCGGAAAUCAACUCGAGCUUUUUCUAUUCCAGCGCCGAUCAGCGGGACAAGUUAGUUGAGAGCGAGCGUAGAUUCGUCGAUGCUAAGCUGAAGAAGAUUGUCGACUUGAAAAAGGAAGUUUGUGGAAACGACCCAAAGAAGAGCUUUGUCGUGAUCAACCAGAAGGGUAUCGAUCCCUUGUCUCUGGACGUGCUAGCCAAGAACGGCAUUUUUGCCCUGCGAAGAGCUAAGAGAAGAAACAUGGAGAGAUUACAGCUCAUCUGUGGUGGUACUGCACAGAACAGUGUCGAGGAUCUGAGUCCGGAUAUCCUUGGCUGGGCCGGUUUGGUGUACGAGCAACAACUGGGCGAGGAGAAGUACACGUUCAUCGAAGAUGUCAAAGACCCCAAGUCUGUAACACUCAUGAUCAAGGGCCCGAAUGCCCACACCAUUACGCAAAUCACGGAUGCCGUCCGCGAUGGCCUGCGGAGCGUAUUCAACAUGAUCGUGGACAAGAGUGUAGUUCCCGGUGGUGGUGCUUACCAGGUUUCUUGCGCGGCCCACUUGAAGAGCGACGCUUUCAAGAAGACGGUUAAGGGCAAGGCCAAGUGGGGUGUUGAUGCAUUUGCAGAUGCGCUCUUGAUCAUUCCCAAGACACUCGCAGCAAACGCCGGUCACGAUAUUCAGGACGCACUUGCUUCCCUCCAGGAUGAGAAUGCCGAUGGAAACAUUGUUGGAUUGGACUUGAUCUCUGGACAGCCCAUGGAUCCGACACAAGAAGGUGUCUAUGACUCUUUCAGAGUUUUGCGGAACUGUGUCGCUUCCUCGUCGAGCAUCGCCUCGAAUCUCUUACUCUGUGACGAGAUGCUCAAGGCUCGCCAGAUGGGACGACAAGGUGGCCCUGGGCCCGGCAUGGAUGGCCCGGAGGAGUGAUGCAAAUAAAUCCUCACGACUUCACUGAUACCACUGUACGUAAGACGCAAAAAUUGGCGUUGUUAAUAGACGUGGUCAGAACAAUCCGUGUAUUGAGAAGAGUUGAUUGUGUCCCGCUCAAG